CUGUGGAAUCACCUCCCCUGGGCAGGAUGCCAGGCCUCAGGGAAAGAGCCGAGUUUCCAAGUAUAGACUGUCCACCCGGACACUAUCACAGCGAUGAUACCUGUACUGUUGUCCCUGCCUCUCCUUCUGGGCCCUGCAGUUCUUCAGGAGACUGGAGAUUACUCUCUGGUCUUCCUCUACACCGGGUUGUCCAGGCCGAGCAAAGGCACGCCCAGGUUUCAGGCCACCGCAUUUCUCAACGACCACGCCUUCUUCCACUACAACAGCAACAGCGGGAAGGCGGAGCCCGCGGAGCCUGUGGGGCCAUGGCGUCAGGUGGAAGGGAUGGAGGAGUGGGAGAAGGAGAGCCAGCUUCAGAGGGCCAGGGAGGAAAUCUUCCUCGUGACGCUGAGAGACAUCAUGGACUAUUACAACGACACUGAAGGGUCUCACACCUUUCAGGGAAUGUUCGGUUGCAAGAUCUCAAACAACAAAAGCAGUGGGGCAUUCUGGAGGUACGCCUACGACGGACAGGACUUCAUUGAAUUCAACAAAGAAAUCCCAGCCUGGAUCCCCUUAGACCCAGCAGCUGCAAACACCAAGCAGAAGUGGGAGGCAGAAAGGGUCUACACACAGCGAGCCAAGGCAUACCUGGAAGAGGAGUGCCCUGCCAUGCUGAGGAGAUACCUGAACUACAGCAGCUCUUACCUGGACCGAAAAGCUCCUCCCACUGUGACACUCACCAGCCGUGUGGCCCCAGGAGGAAACAGGAUAUUCAGAUGCCUGGCCUAUGACUUCUACCCACCAAGAAUUAGUCUGUACUGGAACCGGGCCAGCAAGAUGCUGGCAUCAGAGUCAGAAAGAGGUGUUUUCCCCAGUGGAAAUGGCACUUACCUAUCCUGGGUGGAGGUAGAAGUCCCCCGGCAGGACGGAGACCCCUACUUCUGCCACAUAGAACACAGUGGGCUGUCCCAGUCUCUCUUGGUGCAAUGGGAGGAGACAAGGAAAGCAAAAGCUGAAAGCCAUGGAGUGGCUCGGCCUCAGUAA